AUGCCAUCCAAGCGAAAAUCCAUGAUGUUUGCUUCUGCUUUUUUCACCAGUGUCUGCUCCUUUGUGAUAGUUUGCUUUGUUCUUGCAACCAAAAACUGGGUCUCAAGUAAAAUUUACUACACUGGCAACAAUUCAACUGGGAUGACAACAAUUACAUAUGGACUGUUUGAAGGCGUUUGCUCAAUUAUGGCGGACCUUAAUGCACCAGAAGGUUCUUUCCAAGUUGCAGAUUUGAUGGGAAAUGAAACAGUGAAGAAUUUCAACACUGUGAUUAUCAUUCUGCUCAUUCUUAUUUUGCUCAGCUCCUUCCUCAGCUCUGGAUUUACAUUCUACAAUGUUAUUAGCAAUCCCUAUCAAACAUUUUUGGGUCCUGUUGGGGUCUAUACCUGGAAUGCCAUAUCUGGCAUCUGCUCUCUUCUCACCUUGAUCCUGUUUGCUGUGAAUGUGGAAGUGAAUAAAAUGUCCUUUGAGCUGGUUGUCCAACACUGCAGUUGGGUAGAAAGCCAGACGAAAACUGGACAGUCCAACGCUUAUGCAUAUUCAUACUGGAUCAUACUUCUUAUAAUCCUUCUCAAUGUAGCAACUAUUAUCAUCAUUGUUUUUUACCAACAUGCAAAGUAUUCAAAAAGGAAGGAACAAGAGAGACCGAUGGAAAAUGCACCAAAAGAUGGCAUUUUAUUUUAG